AUGUCCAAUUUAUUUGCUCCUGUUCAACGACUCAAUGUCGCUUCUUUGGCUGAUUCAUUUAGUGUUGAGAACAUAAAGAACACGUACACAUCUCUACAGGGAAAGUUUUCGACCAUAAGACCUCCACAAGAAUUUUUUGAUGUGCGGAGGGUGUCAAAACCGGCUGAUUUCAACGAGGUUAAACAAAGGGUUUUUUACAACAUAGGUUAUUUCCAAUCCAACUAUAUUGCAAUCGUGCUUCUUCUCUCGGUGUAUGCACUCGUUACAAACGGUCUUUUAUUGUUUGUUGUACUAUUUACUGGGCUCGGUGUCUUUGGAAUCUCCAGAUUGAACGGAGAGGAUCUUCAUUUACCGAUCGGUAGUUUGUCUACUUCCCAAUUAUACACCGGAUUACUUAUCAUUUCGCUCCCAUUAGGUUUUCUGGCCUCUCCUGUUAGCACUAUGAUGUGGCUCAUUGGUUCUUCAGCUGUCAGUAUUGUUUCACAUGCAGCAUUAAUGGAAAAACCAAUCGAAACGGUGUUCGAGGAGCAGGUCUGA